AAUAGACAGUCGGAAAUAUUAGCAAAAAAAUCGCGCGGCUCUGUUUGUUUGUUGGUGAAUUUGUUGUGGUCUUUGGUUAGGAAGUAAUCAUGGAUGAACUGAUUCAGAAUAAUGCGUCGGAUAUGAUUGUUGUUGAUGAAGCCACAGUGGACAUUUUGCCUGAUGGCGAACCAUCUAAUAGCUAUUAUAAUGAUACAGAAGCAUUUGAAACAAACCCCUUUUCUGGGCGGCAAAAUGAGGAAACCAGCGCUGCUCCUGAAAAGCUGGAAAAGAUCGUACAACUUCCUUUAACCAGGAUCAAAAGUUUUAUGAAAUUAGAUCCUGAUGUUAAUUUAGCUAGUCAAGAUGCUGUAUUUGCUAUAGCCAAAGCUGGUGAACUCUUUAUCCAUAUGUUGGGCAAAGAAGCUUACAAAUUCACAAAACAAAAUAAAAAGAAAACUAUACAGAAAAAAGAUAUAAGUGAUUGUAUUGAAGCAUGUGAAGCUUUGGCUUUCUUAGAAGGUACUUUGAAAGAUGAUUAGUUAUGGUCUCAUUGAAUCAUCUUUUUAUCAAGAUUUUGUUUGUCAUUUAGUAAUUCAUUUUUUGUAAUUUAAAAUUUGUAAAUAAAACUUUUUAUCAUA